GGGCGGUCGCUUCUAAGAGGAGAGCCUAGAGGACCCUGCACCCUCGCCUGCAGCAGCCACGACAGCAGCAACCGCAGUCGCUGUCGCCCCGUAGCCAACCGCCACCAUGGUGAAGAUCGUGACGGUGAAGACGAAGGCGUACCCGGACCAGAAGCCCGGUACGAGCGGGUUGCGGAAGCGGGUGAAAGUGUUCCAGAGCAACGCCAACUACGCGGAGAAUUUCAUCCAGAGCAUCGUCUCCACCGUGGAGCCGGCGCUGAGGCAGGAGGCCACACUGGUGGUGGGCGGGGACGGCCGCUUCUACAUGACCGAGGCCAUCCAGCUGAUCGUCCGCAUCGCGGCCGCCAACGGGAUUGGCCGUCUGGUUAUUGGACAGAAUGGCAUCCUCUCCACUCCUGCUGUGUCCUGCAUCAUCCGAAAAAUCAAAGCCAUUGGUGGGAUCAUUCUGACGGCCAGCCACAAUCCAGGAGGGCCCAACGGAGAUUUUGGGAUUAAGUUCAAUAUUUCUAAUGGGGGUCCUGCUCCAGAAGCAAUCACUGACAAAAUUUUCCAAAUCAGCAAGACAAUCGAAGAAUAUGCCAUUUGUCCUGACUUGAAGGUAGACCUCAGUGUUCUGGGAAAGCAGCAGUUUGACCUGGAAAACAAGUUCAAGCCCUUCACAGUGGAGAUUGUGGACUCGGUGGAGGCCUAUGCCACAAUGCUGAGAAACAUCUUUGAUUUCAACGCACUGAAGGAGCUACUGUCCGGUCCUAACCGACUGAAGAUCCGCAUAGACGCCAUGCAUGGAGUUGUGGGGCCGUAUGUAAAGAAGAUCCUCUGUGAGGAGCUUGGUGCCCCCGCAAACUCUGCGGUGAACUGCGUUCCCCUGGAGGACUUUGGAGGCCACCACCCUGACCCCAACCUCACCUACGCUGCUGACCUUGUGGAGACCAUGAAGUCAGGAGAGCAUGAUUUUGGGGCUGCCUUUGAUGGUGAUGGGGAUCGGAACAUGAUUCUAGGCAAGCACGGGUUCUUUGUGAACCCCUCUGACUCUGUGGCCGUCAUCGCUGCCAACAUCUUCAGUAUUCCGUAUUUCCAGCAGACUGGGGUCCGUGGCUUUGCACGCAGCAUGCCCACAAGUGGCGCCCUGGAUCGGGUAGCAAACGCCACAAAGAUCGCUUUGUAUGAGACCCCAACUGGCUGGAAGUUUUUUGGGAACUUGAUGGAUGCAAGCAAACUGUCCCUUUGUGGAGAGGAGAGCUUCGGGACUGGUUCUGACCACAUUCGCGAGAAAGAUGGACUGUGGGCUGUCCUGGCCUGGCUCUCCAUUCUGGCCACCCGCAAGCAGAGUGUGGAGGACAUCCUCAAAGAUCACUGGCAGAAGUUUGGUCGGAACUUCUUUACCAGGUAUGACUACGAGGAGGUGGAAGCUGAGGGCGCCAGCAAGAUGAUGAAGGACCUGGAGGCCCUGAUGCUGGACCGCUCCUUUGUGGGGAAGCAGUUCUCAGCAAACGAUAAAGUCUACACUGUAGAGAAAGCUGAUAAUUUUGAGUACAGUGAUCCAGUAGAUGGAAGCGUUUCCAAGAAUCAGGGCUUGCGGCUUAUAUUUGCAGAUGGUUCUCGUAUCAUCUUCAGACUGAGUGGCACCGGGAGUGCAGGGGCCACCAUUCGAUUGUAUAUUGAUAGUUAUGAGAAGGAUGCUGCCAAAAUCCAUCAGGAUCCCCAGGUCAUGCUGGCUCCCCUGAUCUCCAUUGCUCUGAAGGUGUCCCAGCUCCAGGAGAGGACAGGACGCACUGCCCCCACUGUCAUCACCUAGAAAGAUGGCCAGACGUGGUACGUCCCUCCACCCAGGACCCAUCCACGCCACCGGUUGAAGAGCAUGGACAGAAACAGUGUAUUCGCCUGGGCUUUUUAGGACUUGAUUUUUUACUUCCCACUUGAUAAAUAGCCAAUUGUGAGGCAUUGCCACCGUGUGGGGGAGAAGGAUGGCAGGCCUGAGAGCUCACACUCACGUCUGUCCCUUCCCUUGCCCUGUUGAACUGCUGCUGUGUGGCCCUUGGUCUCCUAGCGUCAGCUACUGCUUACACCACCAUGUAAAGGUUUGGAGGCUGAGGGUCAGCAGUAAGGCCAUCUCCUGUCCGUAGGGUGUGCCCGUGAAAUGAUUUUGAGGUUCCUGCUCCACUGUGAAAGUCCCCAUUUACUGUUUACAUGUCAUCCAACAGUGUACGGUUUCUGGUGCCUUCUCUCUAAUCAGUUUUCCUCCGAGUGAGACAUGCUUGUCUACAGAUCUCUGCGUUGUUUUGCAGCAUGGUCCCAUCCGCACCGAUAUUUGGGACAUUAAAGCAGAAUGCACUUAC